AUAAUUUUUAUAUUUUAAUAAUAUAAAAAUAAUAUAUUUAUGAAGUAAAUCGCGUUUCAACCGCUUCCAACAUUGAACAUCACCGUCCCGGUUUCAAGAAACAUUGAUUCCGCUUAUGGGCUUUCGCGCAGGUGCUCUUGAAAUUUCGCAGGUCUGCAAGACUCUAACUAUUUAGAUUGAAAACCCCGCCUUCGCGAACGUUAAGCUGUGACUAUGGCCAUUAAUCUUAGCAAGCUCGCCCUUCGUCGCUCCUUCGCUCCAAUUCCUCGUCUCAUUUCCACUGCUCCUGACCGUUAUCAUUUCUCUGUAUGCUCGAUCGACGAAGCACCAUCUUUGGGAAGCUCCACUAGGACUGAGGAUGGUGCAAACAUAAAUCACCAAGAAUUUCAGAAAUGGCAUAAUGGAGGUGGGAUGUUCCACAAGACUGCUUGCAUUGAAUCCACGACACUCAUUGAAAUUGGUGCAGUAGUUCAUUCAGAAUGUGUUGUUGCUGCAAAUGUUCAUAUUGGAUCAGGAACUAUUGUUGGACCUGCUGUGAAAAUUGGUGAAUCAACAAAAAUAGAGUACAAUGUUUCAGUCACUAAUUGUACAAUAGGUGAUGCUUGUUUUAUUCACAAUGGAGUCUGCAUAGGUCAAGAUGGAUUUGGGUUCUUCGUGGAUGAGCAUGGGAACAUGAUGAAAAAGGCUCAAAUGCUAAGUGCAAGGAUAGGGAAUCACGUGGAGAUAGGUGCAAAUACAUGCAUAGACAGAGGCAGCUGGAGAGAUACAGUAAUAGGGGAUCACUCAAAAAUAGAUAAUUUAGUUCAGAUAGGUCACAACGUAGUAAUCGGAAAGAAUUGCAUCCUUUGUGGGCAAGUUGGCAUUGCAGGUUCAGUGACGAUGGGUGACUAUGUGACUUUAGCAGGAAGAGUAGCAGUUCGUGACCAUGUAUCAAUUGUAUCAAAGGACGUUGGUAUAUCUCCAUCAAGACCAAUGUGAGCAAGUACAAAGAGUUUUUGGUAAAUCCAGUACAGAGUGAACUCCAACAAGUGAUGAUUGGUGUUUUGAAAUAAACAGUUUCCUGUGAUGAUGGAUAUAAAAUGCCAUGGAUGAUGAGAUACAUGUUUGAGCUUGCUGGACUGUUGGUUUAUAUGGCUUGCAGAGCAUUGACAGGAUGGCUAAGGCUGUAUCUUUGUUUAGGGUGCAUAUGGACUUAAUAAUUGUGUGUGAACUAUUAGAUAAUAGACCCUAGAUUAGUACUGGACCUCUUUAUUAUUUCGUUGAUAUAAAAUAUUAUACUGGAUGGGAGUUUGCAGGUCAGGCUUGCAGCUAAUAGUGUUGUCACCAAGGACAUCAAAGAGCCUGGGGACUAUGGUGGCUUCCCUGCUGUAAGAACUGUAAAAACUUUUGUCUCCAUAUAAGAUAUUUAUGUGUAGCCUGAGUUGAUAGUA